CCCUCCCGGGCUGACUACGCGAUCAUGGGGACUCGGGGUGGGGGUCCCCGGCCCCGCACCUGUGCCCACGUCCUUCUCCCAGGCAGAGGUCAGAGACCUGCGCGACCGCGGGGGCCGGCAAAGUUUCACUUUGCGGUCUGGCUUUGUUGACAUCCCAGAGAUGCGGGGAGAUGGAGGCUGAGCCGCGAGGAUGCGCCUUGCGAGCGGCGUUGCCUUUGCCAUGGGGUGGCUCUGGUCCAGGUUUCACUUCAGAAGUCCUGCUGAGAGCCGCGCUGGGGUCGGAGGCUGUUGCAGGGCUCGGGUCUCCCGGCUUCUGCGCUAGCCAGCCGGACUGCAGCAGUCUGGGCACAGCUCAGUCUCGCGCUCUUCCUUCUUCUCCUAAUUUAGCGUUGGCAUUUAGACCAGGUGUUUAUGAAAAAAAUGCAAAAUAUCCCGACUGACCGGAAUAAUUGAUGAAGAAGGGUGCUGGAUCCGUGGGUCAGAGGACACAGGACCAGCUUGCCACCCCAAGGCCGAAGGUCUCCUUCCAACACAACCCAUGAAGCUCUGCAAAAACUCCGAUCCAACUCGACCAUGACACCACAGCCAGCUUCUGACAGGAUCAGAGGCACAAACCCAGCCACCUCGGAGUAGCUCAUGGAGGAGCCCCAAGAGCCACUGGCCAGGCAAGCUGUCGCCUCCAUAGGGAGGAGCAGUGGGUGAGCAGAGGUGCUGCAGCAGGAGUGGACAUGAACGCUGGCUUCCAGAGAGAGCAGCGUUUCAGCUUUGGUCAUCGGAAGUGGUGUCUGCAGCACAGAACACCGCGAUUUUUCCUCUGAGGCUGCUAAUCUCCAACACGGAACUCAAGGGGAGAAGAGGCCAGGACAGAGCCACCCCAGCAUCCAGUGUGGCAUCUCUCAAGCCAGAACCAGGGAUGACUGGGCCAUGGAAACAGAUGUCUCCAACCUUCACCUGUUCACAUAGCACACAGGGGACUCGUGGGGGCCACUUGCCACUGCCAAUCAAACACACCCAAUGGCAAUACUGAAAUCCUUCAUGCCGUUUUCUCGACAGACAUUCAGGCAGAAAGUGCAGGUGUGCUUUCUGUCUGCAGAGUAGAGGGCCAUGCCCCACCAGUAUGAACAGCGUGGGCCCUGGGACCUGCUCUGAGUCCACUUGCAGCCACUGAUACUUGCAAAAAACAAAAACAAAACAAAACACAAACAAAUCCCAAAGCCAUCGUGGGUUUGGCUUCCACAGCUCUUGACCGAUGUGGCCAAAGCUGGACACCUCGGGACACUUGGAUUAUUCAUAAAUGCAGGCUGCCCCCACCCUCGCUGAGUAGCAUCCGAAGUCUCAUCAAGGUCAUGGAUCCUGAACAAAGUAUCCAGGGCACCAAAAAGGCUGAGGGAAGUCCCCGGAAGCGGCUGACCAAAGGAGAGGCCAUUCAGACCAGUGUUUCCUCCAGUGCCCCAUACCCAAGCAGUGGCACCGCCACUGCCCCUGCAGAGAGCGCCCCCCAGGAGCUCCUAGCCCCGCAGCCCUUCCCAGGCCCCUCAGUGGUUCUUAGGGAAGGCUCUCAGGAGAAAACCGGCCCUCAACAGAAGCCCCCUCAGAGGCCCUCCAUCGAGGCCUCAGUCCACAUCUCGCAGCUUCAGCAGCACCCUCUGACACCAGCAUUCAUGGCGCCCGGCAAACCCGAGCAUCUCCUAGAGGGGUCCACAUGGCAGCUGGUCGACCCCAUGAGACCUGGUCCCUCAGGAUCAUUCGUGGCCCCUGGGCUCCAUCCACAGAGCCAGCUCCUCCCAUCCCACACCUCUGUCCUUCCCCCUGAGGACCUGCCUGGUAUCCCUAAGGUCUUCGUGCCCCGUCCCUCACAGGUGUCUCUGAAGCCUGCAGAAGAGGCACACAAGAAGGAACGAAAGCCGCAGAAGCCGGGGAAAUAUAUUUGCCAGUAUUGCAGCCGGCCCUGCGCUAAGCCCAGCGUGCUCCAGAAGCACAUUCGCUCACACACAGGUGAGAGGCCCUACCCCUGUGGCCCCUGUGGCUUCUCCUUCAAGACCAAGAGUAACCUCUACAAGCACAGGAAGUCCCAUGCUCACCGCAUCAAAGCAGGCUUGGCCUCCGGCGUGGGGGGUGAGAUGUACCCCCCAGGGCUGGAGAUGGAGAGAAUCCCUGGGGAAGAGUUUGAGGAGCCCACCGAGGGAGAAAGCACAGACUCCGAAGAGGAAACUGGUGCCACAUCAGGUGCCCCAGCAGAGGCUCCACCAAGGCCUAAACACCCCCUCCUGUCCAGCGGCUUGUACAGCUCUGGGAGCCACAGCUCCAGCCAUGAACGCUGCUCCCUGUCCCAGUCAAGCACUGCGCCAUCACUCGAGGACCCCACCCCAUUUGCAGAACCCUCAUCAGAGCAUCCCCUGAGCCAUAAACCGGAAGACACACACACAAUUAAGCAGAAGCUGGCACUCCGCCUGAGUGAGAGGAAGAAAGUGAUCGAGGAGCAGGCAUUCCUGAGCCCAGGGAGCAAAGGCAGUACUGAGUCUGGGUAUUUCUCACGCUCUGAGAGUGCUGAGCAGCAGGUCAGCCCCCCCAACACCAAUGCCAAGUCCUAUGCUGAGAUCAUCUUUGGCAAGUGCGGGCGCAUCGGACAGCGCACGUCAAUGCUUACAUCCACCUCCACUCAGCCCCUACUUCCCCUGUCUGCUGAAGAUAAGCCCAGCCUGGUGCCUUUGUCUGUGCCCCGGACCCAGGUGAUAGAACACAUCACCAAGCUCAUCACCAUCAAUGAGGCUGUGGUAGACACCAGUGAGAUCGACAGUGUGAAGCCCAGAAGGAGCUCUCUGACCAGACGCAGCAGUGUGGAGUCCCCCAAAUCCAGCCUCUACCGGGAGCCACUAUCAUCUCACACAGAGAAGACAAAGCUGGAACAAUCACUGCUGAGCCUCCAGCACCCACCCAGCUCCACCCCCCCUGUGCCUCUCCUGAGAAGCCACUCAAUGCCUUCUGCCACCUGCACCAUCAGCACCCCCCACCACACCUUCCGGAGUAGCUACUCCUUCGAUGACCACAUUGCUGACCCUGAGGCCCCAAGCCGCAGCAGUCCGGUGUUUACCUCCCACCCGAGGAUGCUGAAACGCCAGCCUGCCAUUGAACUACCUUUGGGAGGUGAGUACAGUUCUGAGGAGCCUGGACCAAGCAGCAAAGACCCCACCUCCAAGCCCUCUGAAGAACCAGAACCCAAGGAAAGUGACCCUACCAAAAAGAUCAAGAAGGGAUUGAAGAUGAAAGGUGUGAUCUAUGAAUGUACCAUCUGUGGUGCUCGGUACAAAAAGAGGGAUAAUUACGAAGCUCACAAGAAGUACUACUGCUCGGAGCUCCAGAUCACAAAGCUCCAUUCUGCAAGUGUUCCUGAAGGGGAAAAGACAAUCGCAGAGCCUGAACCCUGGUCCCAAAUGAUGCAUUAUAAACUGGGGGCCACCUUGGAACUCACUCCACUGAGGAAGAGGAGAAAAGAAAAGAGCCUUGGGGAUGAGGAGGAACCACCUGCCUUUGGUAGCCCCGAGCCAUCAGAUGCUGCUCGUAACCUUCCAAGCCUGGAGUCCACCAAGUCACCAGCAGAACCAAGCAAAUCAGCGCCCUCCUUAGAGGGACCCACAAGCUUCCAGCCAAGGACUCCCAAGCCAGGGGCUGCGUCAGAACCAGGGAAGGAGAGAAGAACAACAUCCAAAGAAAUUUCCGUCAUCCAGCACACCAGCUCCUUUGAGAAAUCUGACCCUCUGGAGCAGUCCAGUGGCCUGGAAGGAGAAGAUAAGACUCUGGCCCAGUUCUCAUCCCUGCUGCCUGCCCCGCAUGGACGCUCGGCUCACUCCCUGCAGCCGAGGUUGGUCCGACAGCCCAACAUUCAGGUUCCAGAAAUCUUGGUGACAGAAGAACCCAACCGGCCUGAUACGGAGCCCGAGCCACCCCCAAAAGAGCCUGAGAAGACGGAGGAAUUCCAAUGGCCCCAGCGCAGCCAGACACUAGCACAGCUCCCAGCGGAGAAGCUGCCACCCAAGAAGAAGCGACUGCGCCUGGCAGAGAUGGCACAGUCUUCAGGGGAGUCCAGCUUCGAGUCCUCCCUGCCUCUGUCUCGGAGCCCAAGCCAGGAGAGCAGCAUCUCUCUGAGUGGUUCCAGCCGCUCAGCCUCAUUCGACAGGGAGGACCAUGGGAAAGCUGAGGCCCCCGGGCCCUCAUCAGACACACGCUCUAAACCCUUGGGCACCCACAUGCUGACUGUCCCCAGCCACCACCCACAUACCCGAGAGAUGCGAAGGUCAGCCUCAGAACAGAGCCCCAACGUGUCCCAUUCCUCACACAUGACGGAGACCCGCAGCAAAUCCUUUGACUAUGGCAGCUUGUCCCCAACAGGCCCCUCUGCAGCAGUUCCCACAGCUCCACCAGCCCCCACCACCCCAUCAGAGAGAAGAAAAUGCUUUCUGGUGAGACAGGCUUCCCUGAGCAGACCUCCAGAAGUCGAGUUAGAGGCCACCCCCAAGGGAAGACAGGAGAGCAGCGAGGAGUCCUCAGCCAGCAAGCCUUCCACCAAAAGCUCUGUGCCCCAGAUCUCAGUGGCCACCACACAAGCUGGGCCAUCAGGAAGCAAGAGCCAGGUGCAGGACAGGCCCCCACUGGGGUCUAGCCCACCCUACACAGAAGCCUUGCAGGUGUUCCGACCUCCUGGCACCCAGUUGCCCCUGCAAGAGAAACCAUGCCUGCCUCCACCAGUCUCCCUCUUCUCCUUACAGCACCUCUUGCCGCAGGAAGCAGGACAGUCCUCCGAGUUCUUCUCCACGCAGGCCAUGGCCAGCCUCCUUUCCUCCCCAUAUUCCAUGCCUCCACUUCCACCUUCUUUGUUCCAAGCUCCACCACUUCCUCUUCAGCCUACUAUGCUGCACCCUAGCCAGCUCCAUCUUCCUCAGCUCCUGCCUCACCCCACAGGCAUCUCCUUCCGGCAACCCCCCUCUUUCCUCCCCAUGCCAUGCCCUGCCUCCUCAGCCCUCUCCUCUGGAUUUUUCCUGCCUCUUCAAUCCCAGUUUUCACUGCAGCUCCCUGGUGACAUGGAAAGUCACCUGCCACCAAUCAAAACCAGCCUGGCCCCUCUGGCAACUGGACCUCCCAGACCUUCCAGCAGCACAGAAUACAGCAGUGACAUCCAGCUUUCCCUCAUGGCUCCCCCAACCACCUCUCCAGCUUCCACAUCAGCCUCACCACUGGCCCUGCCCACCUGUCCAGAUGCCAUGGUGUCACUGGUUGUACCCGUUCGCAUUCAGACCCACAUGCCAUCCUAUGGCAAUGCAAUGUACACCACCUUGUCUCAGAUCUUGGUCACUCAGUCACAAGGCAAUUUGGCAAGUGUGGCUCUUCCUAAGUGUGAAGAUCCCUCCUCCAAAGGGGUGACUGUGUGUGUGGCUGAUGUGUAUGAAACUGGGCCUGGGCCAUCUGGUCUAAGCAAGGAACAAAGCAGAAGUUUCCAGACACCUUAUCUGAGAGUGCCUGAAAGGAAAAGCACCUUGCUGUCGUCCGAGGGAGCCCUGAGUCUAGAAGGAAGCUCAUCCACAGCCGGGGGAAGCAAGCGUGUCCUCUCCCCAGCUGGAAGCCUUGAACUCACCAUGGAAACCCAGCAACAGAAAAGGGUAAAGGAAGAGGAGGCUUCCAAGGCAGAUGAGAAACUGGAGCUGGUAAAACCCUGCAGUGUGGUGUUAACUGGUGCUGAGGACAGGAAGAAGACAGAGAAAGUCCAUGUGAGCAGCCUGGGCCGGAGCAGGAGGGAGCCAGAAACUGUCUCCAACCUGCCCUCAGAUCCAUCUGACCCAAAAGAACUUUCUCCCCUCUCUCAUCCCACAUUGCCCCAUGGGACAGCCCCUGGCUCAGAAGCUUUGAAGGAAUAUGCCCAGUCUUCUAGCAAAGCUCACCGAAGAGGGCUGACUCCACUCAAUGUAAAGAAAGAAGAUCCUAGGGAACAACCUGACCUCCCUCUCCUGGCACCUCCUAGCUCUUUGCCUCUAUUAGAUACUUCCCCGAGACCAGCCAAGUUUCAAGAAGGUAUGGACUCAAAGAAGGUACUGGAGUUCCCCAGCCUCCACACGACCACUAAUGUCAGUUGGUGCUAUUUAAACUACAUUAAGCCAAAUCACAUCCAGCAUGCAGAUAGGAGGUCCUCUGUUUAUGCUGGUUGGUGCAUAAGUUUGUACAACCCCAACCUUCCAGGGGUUUCCACUAAAGCUGCUUUGUCCCUCCUGAGGUCUAAGCAGAAAGUGAGCAAAGAGACAUAUACCAUGGCCACAGCUCCACAUCCUGAAACAGGAAGGCUGGUGCCAUCCAGCUCCCGCAAGCCCCGCAUGACAGAGGUGCACCUCCCGUCGUUGGUUUCCCCAGAGGGCCAGAAUGACCCAGCUAGAGUGGAGAAGGAAGAUGAGAAACGAGGGAAGGCAGAGGAGGACACUCCUGCCUCCAAGAGAGCAGAGCCGGCGAGGGUCAAGAUCUUCGAAGGAGGGUACAAAUCAAACGAAGAGUAUAUAUAUGUGCGAGGCCGCGGCCGAGGGAAAUAUGUUUGUGAGGAAUGUGGAAUUCGCUGCAAGAAGCCCAGCAUGCUGAAGAAACACAUCCGCACCCACACUGACGUCCGGCCCUAUGUGUGCAAGCACUGUCACUUUGCUUUUAAAACCAAAGGGAAUCUGACUAAGCACAUGAAGUCGAAAGCCCACAGCAAAAAGUGCCAAGAGACGGGGGUGCUGGAGGAGCUGGAAGCCGAAGAAGGAACCAGUGACAACCUGUUCCAGGACUCAGAGGGGCGAGAGGGCUCUGAGGCUCUGGAAGAGCACCAGUUUUCAGACCUGGAGGAUUCUGGCUCAGACUCGGACCUGGAUGAAGAUGAGGAAGAGGAUGAGGAGGAGAGCCAGGAUGAGCUGUCCAGACCAUCAUUGGAAGCAGCUCUGCUCAGCCUGCCAGCCAACCGGCAGGAGGACUCCUCACCUAUUCAGGGCCCUCAGCCCCCAGAUGCCACCUCUGACGACAAGGCCCCACGAGGCAGCUUGAUCUCAGAAGCCAAGCAUUUGACAGCAGGCAGCUGUUCCACAUCCAGCCAAGACACCCCAGGCCUUCCCUGGCUGGGACUGACCCCACUGAGCCCUGUGGAGAAGGACACAAGCUCAGCCCUAAGUUCCGAGGCCGUGUCCCCUAGAAGAUCAUGGUCCCCAAGCAAAGAAGCAGGCAGCCUCCCCUCACUCACCCACAAACACUUACUCACCAAAAAUGAUUCGUCUCCCCAGCGAUAUUCACUGGCCCCAGAAGCUCAGGCCUCAGUCAUGAGCAUGCCUGGCCCCCAAAUAGGCCCAGAAAGGGACAUGGGCCCUCUUCCAUGUGCAUCCCCAAGGCUGGAGCUCUCACCUCUCACUCCCAGCCCCCUAGGAAGAGAAGUGCCCUCUCAAGCACAUCUGCCUCCUGGACUCAAGGGUGCCACAGACACAGGCACUCCUGGAUACCCAUCCACCAGGAGAUGGUCUCCGGGUCAGGCUGAGUCACCGCCACAGUCAGCGCUGCUGGGGAAAUGGGCCCUGGCUGGGCCCAGCAGCCCCUCAGCGGGCAAGUGUGGCCCAGGCUUGGGGUUGGCUCCACGGGCUCUCCUGCAGCCCAUGCCUCUACCUCACACACUUCUCAGCAGAAGCCCUGAGACCUGCACCUUGGCGUGGCAGAAGACUGAAUCCCGAAGUCCAUCCUGCUCAGCGGGCCCUGCUCCUCUUCUCUCCUCCCGAUCCUUCUCUGCCCCUCAUGACUUCCAUGGCCACCUUCCAACCCGAAGUGAGGAGAACCUCUUCAGCCACCUGCCUCUGCACUCCCAGCACUUAAGCCGUGCCCCCUGUCCCCUCAUCCCCAUUGGUGGGAUUCAGAUGGUGCAGGCCCGGCCAGCUGCCCACCCCACCCUGCUGCCAGGACCCUGUGCCACAUGGGUUAGUGGCUUCUCAGGGGGUGGUAGUGACCUGACAGGGGCCCGGGAGGCCCAGGAACGAAGCUGCUGGAGUCCCACUGAGAGCUCAUCAGCAUCUGUGUCCCCAGUGGCCAAGGUCUCCAAGUUCACACUCUCCUCAGAGCUAGAGGAGGACAGGACUGGCAGAGGCCCUGGAAGACCUCCUGAUUGGGAGCCCCAGAGGGCCGAGGCCCCUGCAGAACCCACAGCCACACACAGCCCCUACACCCCACGGCUGUCCCGGGGCCACCAGGUGACACCAUCCUGGAGCCCAUGCUUGGAAUCACCACACACGCUGGCCAACCGCAAGGCCUCAACUUCCCCACCCCUGGACCGCAGCAGCUCCGUGGACUGCCUGGCAGAGGCCUCCACUUGCUUCCCAGCCCGAAGGAGGAACCUCUCUGGUGAACCCAGGACCCAGCAGGGCUCCCCUGAGCCCUCAGGUAGUGGGGAGCCCAGGACACCUCUAGCCCUGCCCAAGGACAGUGAUCCCCCAAGCACUUAGCCUCUCCAGCCACUUCAGCAUCUGGUUUCCAGUGUUCAGAAACAGACAUUUCCAGCCGACUUCUUGGAGUCUUCUUGCUCCCACAGGCACCCUCUCCCAUCUGUCCAUCUGUCCACACAGCUUCUGCUCAGCCAUCAGUUAUACUGUCCCCACGUAUGCAGUUACCUGUGCCUUUUUCUAGACCUUUUGUUGCUUGAAAAAAAAACCAACAACAACAACACAAAUCACACACAUCCAUAAAAUCAACAACAACAAAAACAGACCCAGAAGGAGCUUGAGGCUGUGACUAGUUUGUGCUUUGGUGUUACGAUGCUGUAGGAGGGGCCUCCUCGCCUCCACCACCACACUCCACACUGGGCAGCAGUCCCUACCCAAGGCUCAUGAGAGGCAACAUUGGCUGAGGGAAAAGGUAUGUGCUGAGAGAAAAGAAAAAAAAAAACUUUUUAAAAAACAUAUAAUUAAGCUCAAAGGCAAGCAGUCCUAUGAACAGGUGUUUAAGGUUCCUAUUUAUAACUGCUGUGCCCACUCCAGUUAGUGGCCACUCCUCUGUGCCAGUAGAAGACCAGUGCUCUGAGGCAGAGAACACAAACAGGCAGGAAGUCUGCCUCCCUACUCCAAGAACAUCCUCUUUUUUAAAUUUUAUUUUUUUAAAAGCUUCUUUUGCAAGACUCUCAGCACAGCAGGAGCAGGUAGGAGCCUGGAUAGUGUGAACUGUAGGGCUCACCUCCCUCCUGCACCCCACCUGCCCCCAAGCUGGUAAAGGAACCCUAACUGUUUGCUUUGCCCAACAUUCCUAUAGGCCUCUGCCUCCUGGCCCUGGCCACAGGCUGCCUCCUUUGUGCUCAGAAAUAUCUACAGGGUGAAGGGGCCAAGCCAAGACUAGGGACUGUCCCUGAGUCUGGGGUUUGGAGUCUGUUUUACCUCAGUCCCUGGGGAAUGUGGUACCCCAUUUCCUUCAUGGCUGGACUGCAUAUAUGUAUAUAUACACAUAUGUAUAUGUAUACACACAUAAAAGUCUAGAAAGAAAAGAUGAUGUUUGGUACUUUCCAGACUUCUCAGAUUUUCUUCUCUUGACUUAAAGAAUUAUGAAUUGUCCCCAAACAUUGAAUUUUUCCCUAGUUCCCUUUGUAAAAACUUGAUUUAUUUUUUUAAAGUAAUCUGACCAAAAUAUUUGAAUCCCAAGUUGAAAUCUGAAACUUGAGCUGUAGCAUGCUUACCCCAAACAAAGACACGUAAAGCAAGCACGCCUCGGCACUAAGUGCUCCCUGGCACAGACGCUAUGGUUACUGUUUCUACAAGGGAGUGUGGUAUAUGCCCCCCAUAGAACCUUCCAGAAAUGAUUUUCUUCACCUUCUCUGAGGAGGAUAGAGAAUAAGGACCAUGGUCACACCCCACAUACACUGGGUGCUGAUUGCCACCUUACAGAAAGCAAAGGCCUAUCUGGUUGGUCUCUGAACUUCAGCCAGGCCAUGUGGCUGAAGGCUCAUGGGAGGGCUGUGCUGACAAGGCUGUUUAACAGGGAAGAUGGAGACUUGGCUGUUAAUUCCCAUGCUGGGCCACCCCUCUCCCUCCCUUUACCUCAUGCCCUUAUGUGGCCCUUGUGGAUGGACAAGCCAGACACAGACCCAGUGCCUAGCCUAAUCACCUGUUCAUUCUCUUUGCCUGACCUCAGUGCUUAAAAAUAAAGAGUAAGGUAGAGCCUCGCUGGGGUCCACUGUGCUGCAGGGUGCUUGGGGUAUUGGGCUAGCCAGGAGUUGCCAGAUGGUUGACGCAGUCUGUCUCCUGCCCCCCUGGGAGAAGCUUUCAAGCUGGAACACUGAAAGACAGUGGGCAGAAGCCUGGCCAAAGGUUGCAGCUCUCUUCCCUGCCACUGUACAGCCCUAACCCACAGGCCCCACAGAUUGGAGACACCCAGAGCUGAGGC